AUGGCUCAAGAACGUGGCAAUGUCAGUGGUCAUCUUUCGCGUGAUGGAGGAUCAACACUACUCCAUCGGAGUUGCAAUGACUGUAAUCGGAGAAAAGUGCGCUGUAACAAGUUGUUUCCAUGCGAUAACUGUGUGAGACUUGGCGUUGAGUGUACAUUUCCACCACCUGGUCGCAAACCCCGAAAAGCACCACGAAAGUCAAACAGGGCGGAAUUGAUUUCACGAUUAAGCCUUCUGGAGCAAGAGGUCCAGAAACUUGGUGGGCAAAGUAAUAAUGAAGGUGUUUCCGCGGAUGAAGAAAGGGAGCCACCGCAGGAGACGUACGAGUCUGUCCCGAGGAAAUCUGAAACUCCCGAGUCACCAAAAGUCUCCUCAGACGCUCUGGAGGGUCAAUUUGGACGACUAGUCGUGGAUCGAAGUCAUGGGACCAGUCGAUACGUGAACCAUCAGGCUCUGACGGAUCUUGCAACCCAGAUCAAAGAAGUUCGCGAUCUGUUUGAUUCACCAGCAUCACCGACAUCAUCCGAGGAAGAUGCGUUGUCGCCUGAAACGCCAGUUUCGUCUCUCGGAUACCCUGAAAUUCAAAGUCCGUUUAUAUUUGGCUACCAUUCCGUGGCCAACUCACUGCGCAAUUACCAUCCGCCACCUACAAUCAGUCAUCUACUCUUCUCAGUAUAUGAAGAAAAUGUGGCACCUAUAAUUAUGAUCAUCCACAAGUCAGUGCGGAUGGAAUUAAAUCGACUAACAAGUACCAAUCCCGAGAAUUUGGACAAGGAAUCUGAGGCCUUGGUAUUUUCUAUUUACUUUGCUGCAAUCUCUAGCUUGACGCCAGAUGAAUGCUUGUCCCAGCUAGGGGCGAAUCACACCACUCUGACUAAACAAUAUCGAUUCGCUGUUGAGCAAGCGCUGGUGCGAGCAGGGUUCCUCCACACUCGAAAGCUAAUAGUUUUACAAGCAGCGGUUCUCUUCUUGAGCUGUGCUUGCUCUCCGAAGGAUGCGCAUUUCGUUUGGACCAUGAUCGCUGUGAUUGCUCGUCUUGGCCUGGGGCUCGGGCUGCAUCGUGACAGCAGUCACUUUGGAUUAGGCGUAUUCGAGACGGAAAUGCGCCGCCGGCUCUGGUGGUACAUAUAUCUUCUGGAUAUUAGGUUAUCCGACUCUCAAGCAACCAGUCCUCAAAUCCGAGAAGGGGACUAUGAUACGCGAUUACCGUUGAAUAUCAAUGAUGACGACCUGUCACCCGAUAUUGUUGAAGCCCCUCAAGAACGGGUUGGCUUUACAGAAAUGACUUUGACCUUGGUUCGCUGUGAGAUCCUCAUCUCUCAUCGUAAGUUGAUGCAGAUCAGCAGCUUUGGGGUCGGUGGUCAUAACACCUUAUUCCAAACCCGUCUUUCUGCAAUCGAGGAAGCUCGGCGAUCUCUUGACGAGCGAUAUCUCCAGUUCUGUGACCUUCAAAUCCCCAUCCAUUGGGUCACUGCGACGAUCGCGCGAAUUGCAAUUGCGCGUUUGUGGCUUGUGUCGCACUUUUCGCUGAUGACUGCCGACGGGUUCGAGCCAGAUCUGUGGCCCGCGCAAUGUGACCUCCUGAUUCUCACUGCAAUCGAGGUACUCGAAUUCGUUCAUUUACUCGAAACUCAUGAAAAUACGAGCAAAUGGUCUUGGUUGUUCCAGGGCUACGUGCAGUGGCAGUCAUAUGCUUUUGUCCUAUCAGAGCUCUGUGUGCGACCGAGCUCCCCUUUAUCGGGUCGGGCAUGGGCAGCUGUUGACCGUGUUUUUGAGGGGUGGAAUGGGCCAGCGGGCAAUCGGCUCGGGUUGAUGAUGCGACCGUUGGAACGUUUGAGGAAUCGAGCCGCUGCUCUAAGAAACUUGGGCACAGAUCAAACAAGAACAGAUAUUUUGGAAACCAACGCUGUUAAUCUCGAUAUUCCGGAUGCCGUGAUGUCGAGCCACAUCGAAGAAUUUCCUCACGACUUAGAUUCCGGCCAUGCCGAGUUUCUAGACAUUUUCAGGGACGUGGUGCACAACAUAAGCAUGUAA